AUUUAUAUAGUCGUUUAAGCCGUCGACCUGGCGUCACUCGCCAGUUUUUGGAUCUCUAGAGAGAGAAUGAAGACCGAUCUAUAGGCGUCGCGGCUCUCUCUCUCUCUCUGCAACUCAAAAGCUGAUCUCAACCCAGUUUCUCUCUCAUCGCUCGGCUCAGAUCCAGCUUCCCUCCUUCCCCCAUCUCUCUCUCUCUGCAACUUUCUCUCUCUCUCUCUGCAACUCUCUCUCUCUCUCUCCCUCUCUCUAUCUAUAUAUAUAUAUAUGUAUAUGUAGGUAUGAGUUUUGUUUACAGGGGGGGUUUACAGAUUUGGAAGAGACGGAGGAGCUCGAAUUUUGUUAUGGUUGUGUUUUCUUUGUGAAGAGUUGAAUGAACAACAUUAUCUUCUUUUGGUGCCACUCUUCUGCUCACAUUUCUCAUGAAUUUUGCGGAACAGUCAGUGGAAAAGCUGGGAAUCUUAUGGAGUGGAGUGUUAACAAUGCAUUUAAAACCUUGAAAGAUAUGGAAUCUAAAUCUGUGAUGGAUAUGGCUCUCAUUCCAAGCAUUGACCCAGUAGAUAUUGGAUUGGGUUCUUCAGAAAAGGGCAAUGUUGUUUCCACUGCAAAACCAAGAAAGAAGACGAUGACAUCAGUUUAUCUCAAAUUUUUUGAAACAGCUCCUGAUGGGAAAAGUCGAAGGUGCAAGUUUUGUGGGCAGAGCUAUUCUAUUGCAACUGCCACUGGCAAUUUGGGAAGGCACCUCAGUAAUCGCCACGCAGGAUACGAUAAGACAGGGGACGCUGUCACCAGUCCACCCCCACAACCCAUAACUGUAGCCAAGAAACCUCCUCCUCAAGCUAAAACACCUCAUGUGGAUCUCGACCAUUUGAACUGGUUGCUCAUCAAGUGGCUCAUUUUGUCAUCACUUCCUCCUUCUGCCUUGGAGGAAAAGUGGUUAGCAAACUCCUUCAAAUUCCUCAAUCCAUCAAUUCAACUCUGGCCAGGCGAGAAGUUCCAAGCAGUGCUUUGUGAAGUUUUCAGGAGCAUGCGAGAAGAUGUAAGGGCAAUAUUGGAGCAAGUUUCUUCUAAGGUCUCAAUCACGCUUGAUUUCUGGACUUCCUAUGAACAAAUCUUUUAUAUGAGUGUCACUUGCCAAUGGAUUGACGAAAACUGGUCCUUCCAAAAGAUUCUUCUCAAUAUUUGUCAUAUACCUUCCCCUUGUGGUGGCGUUGAGAUCUAUCACAAUCUAGUGAAAGCCCUCAAGAUGUACAAUAUUGACAACAGAGUCCUCUCCUGCACUCAUGAUAACAGUCCAGAUGCAGUGAAUGCAUGCCACACGCUGAAAGAGGAUAUUGAUAACCAGAAAGUGGGGCCCUUCUGCUAUGUCCCCUGUGCUGCUCGUACUUUGAACUCAAUCAUAAAUGACGGGUUAAGAACUACGAAACCAGUGAUCUCUAAGAUCAGGGAGUUUGUAUUAGAGAUGAAUUCAUCCAAGGAAAUCGCUGGGGAAUUUGUACAAUAUGCAACAGCUUUUCAUGAAGGAAGUUGGAAAUUCCCGCUGGAUGUGUCCGCUCGAUGGAGCGGCAAUUACCAGAUGCUAGAUAUCGUGCGGAAGGCUGGUAAAUCCAUGGAAACUGUAAUCAGGAAAUACGAGGAGACACUAGGUACUAGGAUGCUACUAAAUUCUGCAGAGAAGAAUGCCGUCAAUAUCAUGCACACGUUUCUAGAACCCUUUCACAAAACCACAAAUGACAUAUGUACAAACAAAGUUCCCACAAUCGGUCUCGUUGUCUUCUUCAUGGAUCACAUUUCUGAGAUGAUUGCCGCCUGCAGAGACUGCCGUCACAACCCAGACUGGCUCAAGAACGCUGCUGAAGACAUGGCAACAAUAGCCCGGAAAUACAAUGAGCAGGUUUGUAACAUCUUCACAUACAUGACUGCAAUCCUUGAUCCGAGGAUAAAAGUUGAGUUGAUUCCUGAAAGUCUCAACUCGGAGAACUAUCUACAAGAAGCUAGAACCCAUUUCAUGAGAAACUACUCCACUAAUCAUUUUCCAUCUAUAACUGGUGGGUAUGGCGCUCAAGAAAUGGAAGAUGGAGGAAGUGUUUCGUUUGCUGAGGAAAUUGCUAGGAAGAAACGAAGGGCAAUGAUGAGCCGGGAAAUCACAACUGAUGAGCUGACACAAUACCUGUCAGACCCUCCGGCUCCAAUACCGACUGAUGUUUUGGAGUGGUGGAAGGUAAAUAGUUCGCGGUAUCCACGGCUAUCUGUUAUGGCUCGUGAUUUUUUGGCUGUGCAGGCAACUUCAGUGGCACCAGAAGAGCUGUUUUGCAGCAAAGGCGAUGAGGUUGAUAAGCAACGGUUCGGUAUGUCACAUGACAGCACACAAGCCCUCUGUAUAAAAUCAUGGACUCAAGGUGGGAUCAAGGUGAAAUAUAAGUCAACCGAGAUAGAUUAUGAGAUGCUGAUGGAAUUGGCGGCUAAUGCAGCAGCGGAUAAUAGUGCUGACAAGAAACAAAAAUGAUGAGGCAGAAACUUUUGACUGAUAAGUAUAAGCAAAAGGGAUAUAUCAGGUGAAGAUCAUGUAUUGAUGUACAUAUCAGACGGGAGAGAAUGCCAACCAGAGAAGGGGUGAUGAACUUAUUGUCAUAGGAUGCGGCACUCGAAUCAUCAGAGAUCCCUUAGUAUGAGAAAUGUUCCAAAUUACUUACAAUAUUUGGUUUUGAACAAUGGCAGCUGUACAUGAUCUUGUUUUGAGUGAAUUUUUCUCACCCCAUAAGAAAACAGGAAGGGGAUCAAGUUUGUUUCUUUCAACCAAUUUUCUUUGCCUUUAUUUCCAUUAUAUUAAUUAAAUAAAACACCAAAACAUUCACA